GUUGGUGAAGAAACUCAUCCAACUUUUUAACCCUGAAAUGAGGUUUGGGCUUAAAAUGCGUGAAAGCUUCACUGAGUUUCUUCUCGUCGAUACGUGGUGAAGAAUGCUAAGUCCAUUGACGACGAGGAAGAAACAAAGAAGAGUUGUUGACUCGGCAGCGACUCACCAGCACUCGGCGAUAAGCGUUGGGUCUCUAUCGCGACAUACUCGGUGUUACCCGAUUUUUCAUGCGGCCCGAUUCACUAUGGAGGGAUAUAUCGAGAUUCGAGAGAGAGCGCUAGGAAGGAGUUUGAGGAAGCUCAUUUCGAGAAGGACCCAUGAUGGUGACCCGGUUGCUUAUCGAUGGGCGUGAUGCGUUGCAAUCAGCGUUGAAGAAGCUCGCCGAGAAGCAGAGGCAGCUGAUUGUGAAGAAGCAACGCGGCGGAUAUGGCGGGUGAUUUUGAUUCAUUUCCUUAUUCUCCCAGAUUAUCAGCUUUUAAUUAUUCAAUUGUAAAUUGUGUAUACGAGUUUGGGAAUCCAGUACUUUUUCUUAAUAAACGUUUAGUUGAUGGGAAAAUGGAAAGAGCAAAAGAGAAACUUUCAUAUUCAGGCAAAAUUUAUAGAAAGAGACGAAGGAUCCAUAGAUACCCUGUCUUGUCCAAUGUGUUUAGGAGUCAGUCAGAUUCAGCCCAGCCGACACGACAAAGAUUUAUGUCUUUUCAGUUGAUACGUAACAGUUAACAGUUGGCUCUACGAACAAAACUGGGUUUUUUUUAAGUGAAAACAUGUUUUGUUAAUGAAUUUGUUAGCUCAUGGAAAAUAUCAAAAAUGAAUUUGUUUCCUCAUAAGCAGCUUCCAUGCCAGUUGAACAUGUUUAGUAUAAAGAGUUGCCAUUUUCAAACACCGAGCCAAACUAGGUGCUGCCCAGAACUACCAAACCCGCCGACUCGUAAAACCACGAGCUAUGUUAUAAUGACAAGUAUACCCGUUCUCAACAAUUCACUAACCACUAUGGUUGACUCAUGGUUCAAAUAACAAGGAUAAUUCUGUCAUUUCGGUAUACCUUUCGCAAGAACUCGACAACUUCAAAUACUCUAUAUAAAAGUCACGCACUUUAAUGGGGUCCAAGGAUGGUUUCUCAUUUUCCCAUAGGAAAUCUUUUGUCAAAGUUUUUGAAUCUGAGUUUUGACCCGAAAUUGGAUUCCUUGGAUCGAUCUCAAGGAAGGGUUUUGAGUUGAAUGCCUUUUGUUUUUGUAUUGAUUCAACAAUGGCGAAAGUGAGACAUUCUCGAUUGCAAGCGAGGAAAUGGUCGACGGUUACGCUCGUGUUGUCGAUGUUGUUUAUGUUAUCGGUGGUUUUGUUGAUGCUAUUGGGACUAGGUGUCUUCUUUCUCCCGAUAAAUGACGAUGAUUCUGCCCCCAAUGAUCUCACUUCUUAUAGGCGCAUGGCUUCUGAAAGAGGGAAAGGCUUGGGGAAGAGAGGGGAGCAAUGGACUGAAGUCCUUUCCUGGGAGCCUAGAGCUUUCAUUUAUCAUAACUUCUUGUCCAAGGAAGAGUGUGAGUACUUAAUAAAUCUUGCUAAACCUCACAUGGUGAAGUCCACUGUGGUUGAUAGCAAGACAGGGAAAAGUAAAGAUAGCAGGGUACGGACAAGUUCGGGUAUGUUUCUGAGAAGAGGGCAAGAUAAAAUCAUUAAGGACAUAGAAAAAAGGAUAGCAGACUACUCUUUCAUUCCUGUAGAGCAUGGAGAAGGUCUUCAAGUUCUCCACUAUGAAGUUGGACAGAAAUAUGAUGCACACUUUGAUUACUUCCUUGAUGAGUUCAACACUAAAAAUGGUGGCCAGCGGAUGGCUACCAUGCUUAUGUAUUUGUCAGAUGUUGAAGAGGGGGGUGAGACAAUAUUUCCUGCAGCCAAGGGCAAUAUUAGUUCUGUGCCGUGGUGGAAUGAAUUGUCUGAAUGUGGGAAACAGGGGCUUGCUGUGAAGCCUAAGAUGGGUGAUGCAUUGCUGUUCUGGAGCAUGAGACCCGAUGCUACACUAGAUCCUUCAAGUUUGCACGGUGGAUGCCCUGUGAUUAUGGGGAACAAAUGGUCCUCUACAAAGUGGAUGCAUCUUGAAGAAUACAAGGUUUAAGUUGCUCUACGAAAGGAUACCAUAUUACCAAGGUACAUGCCAUGGCGGUCCAGUGCUGGGAAAGUGUAUGAUUCAUGCAGCUCUUUAUACUCAGGUGUCAGCCCCACUAUUCUUUUAUUUGAUGGGUAUUCGUUGCUCUUUUGGCCUAAUUCUUAGGUUGAGAAGUACUUUAUUUUCACUUUUUACCUUUUGGUUUUGUUUGACCCCACUAGUGUGAAAAAUAUGAUGCCAUACGUGUAUACAUUUAUGAGGUGAGGACAUACGAAAUGGGUCGCAGCAGUUAGAUGCAUUACCUGCGGACUGUAAAUUUGCAAAAUAAUCAUAAUUUAGUCCAGCACCUUGCCUGCUGAAUAUUUUUGUUC